CUACUACUUAUUCUGUGGCUCUACAGUGUCAAGUCCUUGCAUUCACCCACUUGUUCUUGUUUUGAUAACGUUAAGCAUGAACUAACCUAAAAAGUAAUUUUGAACGUUGUAUUGUAACAUAACUAUAAUGUUUGAUAUUAUGGUUUUAAUUAUAAUAUAAGAUUCAGAUAUUGUAAAUGAUCUAUUUUUGAUAAUGAAUUCGGAUAUUGUUGAAAUUCACAAUUCCUGCAAGGUUAAAGUUACAAACAAACAAUCUCCUAGUACUAGUGAGAUUGAUAAAUUACGGGUGACAGGUACAUGCAAUCCUAUUUAUUCUAUCGAAGAACUUAUUUUAUGGAAAGCAAAUAAUCAACAAUGUUUGUGGCAAGACUUCGUUAUUCCCAGGGCUGCUACAACGAAUCACAAAGUUGCAGGAUUUGGUUUCAAUUGCCACGAUAACAAAGAUGAAUUGCAGUUAACAAGAUUGGUUGGUAAUUCUACGCCUAAAACAAUACUGUGUCAUGACUACAAAGGUGGAUAUUUGGAAGACAGAUUUCCCUACGGUGUUGAGACAGAUGACAUUUAUUCGUUUUUUCAUUGGUCGGCCAUUGACAUAUUUAUUUACUUCAGUCACAAUAUUGUCACUAUCCCAACCCUCCCAUGGCUGAACACUGCUCAUAGACAUGGUUGUAAGGUGUUGGGGACAUUUAUAACAGAAUACGAUCCCGAUAAAGAAGCUUGGGAUGAAAUUUUGAAGAGCGAAGAAAAUUUUACCGCCGUAAUUGAGAAUUUGGCCGAAAUCUGUCGGUUUUUCAAAUUUGAUGGAUAUCUACUAAACAUUGAAAAUGACAUACCGACGCAACAUGUUCCCCGACUUAUAGAGUUUGUGAAACUGUUAACUGAGAAACUGCACAGCAUUUCACCUGACCAUGAAGUAAUAUGGUAUGAUUCAGUAAUUGCACCUUCUGGAAAUCUUCGAUGGCAGAACAAACUGUGCUCAUUGAAUAGUGUGUUUUUCGACUUGUGUGACGGUAUAUUCCUGAAUUAUUGCUGGAGUGAACAAGAUCUAAUGGACUCAGUGUCGCUGGCUGAUGUGAGGAGGCAUGACGUUUAUGUGGGAGUGGAUGUGUUUGGGCGUGGCUGUAUUGGGGGAGGAGGCUUCAAUUCUUCUCAAGCGAUGAAACUCAUUCACAAGCACGGUUUAUCGACGGCAAUAUUCGCUCCUGGUUGGACUUUUGAAAAAUGUUCAAAUGUUGAGCUUUUCCUACGGAGAGAGACGCUAUUCUGGAGCCAUAUCUGGCCCUAUCUCUUCAUCCAUGGACCUGUCACACUACCCUUCAAAACGUCAUUCUGCAUAGGCCGAGGGAAAAACAAAUGGCAAAUGGGAAACAUUGUUGGAGAUAAAUGGGGUUGCUUAACAAAUCAGCAAUACCAACUCUCCACUUGCUAUUGUCCUGGUAGAGAGGAUGGUGAAACAGACACUACUAGUUGCCUCGACAUUGCUACCAGCGAGUCUUUUCAAGGUGGUACUUGCAUCGAAAUAGUAAACCACAAUAACAAACUCGAAAUAAACAAAAGCAUGAUCAGAUUAUUCACGUGUGGUUUUUCUUGUCCUGGACAGAUUUUCAUAGAAUUAACUUAUAAGUCAACUACUCCCAUAGCAUUGGUGCUAUUUGUGCAGGAUGAGAAACGUAUCAGAAAAGUGUUCUUGACCUCAGUGGAUUGUCUUGAUGAAUUGUCAGAUACCAAUUCUAGAGUAAGGAAAAUCGAAAGAAAUUCACACAUUGAUAUCCUGAAACGGGUUUCCAAGCAAGUUCAUCAGAAUGGUUGGUCAACUGACGCAUUCGUGUACGAUUUGAUCGGCAGGACCAUCAUCGAAAUAGAUUUUGUGAAUCUUGGUGUUGAGAAAUCUACAGUUCUCCUUGGAGAAUUAUCGCUACAGAAAAGAUAAUUUAAAGUACUUAGUCACUAGACUAGGAAAAUAGAGUACAUUGAUGUAAUAGAAGCACCUGUUACUUCUACCUAUUUUUGGAUUUGCUACUUGAUAAAUAAGGCUAUGGUCAGUGCUUCCCAACCGUUUUAUCUAUCUUAUUCCAAAAUAUUCUAAAAUUUUCUUUCAUUAUUCCAAAAUAAUGCAAUCUAUAUUAUAAAUAGUUUCAGCUAUUAUAAUUUAUAAAUUGGCUAUAUGGUCUCUUGUGGAAAAUUGUUGAAUACUCAAAGAUUUACUGAAGAUAUAUAAUUAUAUUAAACAAAUUAUGCAGACCUCAGAAUAUGGUCAAUUUUAAUUUAUUAUUUGUUCCUAUCGGAGCGAACAAUUCAAACUCGAAUUACUUCUAUUAUUCAAUGAAUUCGAGGAACAAAGUACAUUACUGCACCCUCAUAUGAAUAGACUUCUCAAUUGGAUGUCUUGUCCGUCUACGGAAGUAAUUGUAGGAGUAAUAAUAAUAUAAGGCUACAAUUAUUAUUUUAAAUGCCAAUCAUACAUUUUUCAAAAAUAGGUGAUAAAAUUGAGGUUGAUUGGUGUCCAAAGCGAUAGUUAUUGUCGAACAUACAAUCACCAAACUCCUUAAAUACUAACUGAGAACUCGCUUGGAUCGUUCAAUAAUUAUUGUCAUAAAUAAAAAAAAA